AUGGAUCUACUACUUACGGUCCUGACUGACCAGACCGAUUCUCGCUUCCAGGAGUUUUCUCAGAAUGUUCUGAUAUUGACCGCCAAAUUCCAGCGGCUAUUGUGCUUCCUGAAUCGGAAGAGCAGAUACAGAAGACAGCAAGUUCGUUGGGCUGUGCAGAACUCAGUGCCGUUUGUCACCAAGUUGGAUGGCCACAGCAAUCGGUCGACGGUCGGGGAUGAUGGAUUCGUCAUCGAUCUGAGCAAGUAUUCAGGAAUCGAGAUCGAGACACAGGGGCCGACCGCGAAGCUCAGAGGCAGUAUUCUGUCCAAGUCGGGUGCCCUCUCGGUAACGGCACUUAGGUCGGGACCAUUCCCUAUUUUCUCAACGAUUUUGGCCGCUCAUAUGAUCGAUUCACGGGGCAAUCUUGUCGAGAUGACGCAAGAGAAAGAGCCAGACAUCCUUUACGCAAUCCGUGGAGCAGGCCAGUUCUUUGGCCUGAUUGCCGAGCUGACCAUCAAGAUUUGGCCCUUGUCUGAGCUUGGCAAUGUGGAGUGGACGCCUGUCCUGGUCAUUGCGGGAAGAUACAUUGGCAAUCCAAACAAUGCCCACGUUGCCUUCGGCGCUCUUCAUGCCUUGGGCCCUUUAGAGGCUGAUGGCGGGCCUGUUCCGAUUCAGAAUAUCAGCGACGGACGCCAGGCGCUAGAAGCGAAGGGUGGCUUCAAGACGUUUGGCACUGUCGGUCUGCGGCGUUUCGAUAUUGACAGAUUCCUGAACACUCUAGACGUGUGGAAGCGCCUUGUGACUGAAUGUCCGGAUGCUAUCAACACAACCUAUAUUUUCCAAUGGGAUUCGCGGCCCCCGAGACAGCCCGAAUUUGAAUCUGUGAAUUCUCUACACGACAUCAGAUACUGGCAGAACAACAUCAUAUGGUACACGGAUGUGGCAAGUCACAAGAGGGUAGCCGAACUGAAUGCCGAGUGUAUUGACCCGAUUGAGCUUCGGUUCAGGGGAGAGGGUAAGAUGGAUAAAUCGCGGGGAUUAAAGAAGAAGUGGGAUCCGAGAGGAGCCUUUACCAGACAGCUUCUAGACUAA